GGGACUGUGACGGGUGUCGUUGCAUGUGAUUCACUGCAGUAAGAAUGGCUCACACUGUGUGCUUCGAAAUGAGUUGUGUGACACAUUGGAGACAUUACACGUGUUCAAAACGUUAACACUGGGUUACACAUAUUUGGAAAUUACACGUGCAAAUCGUCGAUCAAGUGUUCAACAUUUGUACGUUACACGUGCACAACACAGGGACAUUAUGUAUGCUAUAUUUGGAAAUUACACUAGCAUUAAUGAUAUAAACUAGUUAUUGUUGAUAUUACGCUCGCAAUGUUUGUUGACAUUAAGUUUGAUGCUUGGAGUAUACACGUGCGGACUUCGUUAACAUAAUAUGCUAUAAUUUGAUACUACACGUGCAUGAAUUGUUUAUAUAUACACGUAUAUAGAUAUUACACGUAAACUUUUGGUUGAAAUAUACUAUGAUAUACAUGUACGUAUAAUAUAUAUCUAACAUUAGUCAUUGCGAUAUUCAGAACUGCUGUACACGUAUUUGACUGGGUGUUCCGUUUACAUGAGACAUAACAAGUUUAAUUUUAAAGUAUAUCUUAUCGCCGAAUCGACCUAGCAUGCCACAUGCACACAUAUAUACAAAUAUAUGUAUACAAACUAGACGUACAGUAUGUUCAUAGUCGUCAGUAUGAAAAAUGAGUGUAAAUAAUGAUGUACCAUCAAACGCCAUGAAGUGCCUUGAUCACACGCUGGGGUAAAUGACAGCGUAAACUCCUAAUUGACAAUGCUGGAGUUAUAAAUCUCUACUGAAUACUUUAUAAUGAGACGAUAUCUAACAUUGGGCAUGCGCAUCAACGUCAUUCGCGAGAUCACGGUGCAAUGUGAUAAUGGAAACUCACUUAACUAGAUUCGUCCCGGUUUCAGACAGUUGUGUGUAUUCGAUGGACGCUUUCUUAAAACGGAAGUCUACUUAAAUGAAUACUAAAUUGAUCUUAGCUCUAAUAGCGACGGUAUUGUAUGUGUUAAAUGAUUUUGAAAAAAAUAAUGCUUCAGUUUUGAAGCAUAAUAUGUAUGUAUAACGCCUUCAGUCAGCCAACUAGAUGUGAAGUGUAUCUGUAGCGAGUGAGUUGAUACACUGGAUAAUGAAUAAGCGAAGAUCCAGUAACAGUAAAGGAAGUAGAAAACAGCAGUUUACCUCAUUAGCUGACUUAUUGUGUCGUUACAAAUCUGUUCAAAAACGUCAGCUGGUGGAUAUAGAGGAUGAGUUCCUGCACGCAGCGGAGUUCGGCGACGUUCCGACGGUCAAGCAGCUUGUGGAUCGAAACGCCGACCUCAACGUCGACUGCAUCGACGCCCUGGGCAGGACGGCGUUACGAUUGGCCGUCAAGAACGAACAUUUGGAGGUGGUGGAGAUUCUCUUAGACCGAUCCAGCGAGCUUCACAUCCAAGAAUCAGUCCUGCAGGCUAUCAGUGCCAGCCACGUGCAGAUAGCCGAGACAAUUCUGAAACAUCGUCGUUACCUGGAUCUCUGGAAUGACAAACGGAAGUUAGGUGGGGUCGACCAGUUCUUCAGCAACACCACGUUGGAAGAGUCACAGUUUUCGCCCGACAUCACGCCGCUUAUUCUCGCCUCGCAAAAGAACCAGUACGAAAUUGUUCAACUGCUUCUUCUACGAGGGGAGAUAAUUCAGAAACCACACAAAUUCAAUUGUACAUGCCAGGAUUGCGAAAAUAAAAUGCAGUUUGAUAAACUCCGGUUGGCAAAAUACAGACUGAACGCAUACCGGGGGUUAGCGAGUGAGGCGUAUAUAUCCCUGUCCAGUAAAGAUCCCAUCUUAACAGCAUUCGAGCUAGCUAACGAACUUCAGAAUUUGUCUACAAUAGAGAAGUAUUUUAAGAACGAAUACCUAGAUUUAGUAAACGACCUGAGCGAAUAUGUGGUGAAGCUUCUCGAUCGAGUCCGGACGCAGGCAGAACUGGAGGUGGUGCUCAAUAAGACGGGUCGACCCAAGGACAACAAGUACGAAAGUCUGGCACGUUUUAACCUAGCUAUACAGUAUAGCCAGAAAAAGUUCGUAUCCCAUCCAAGUUGCCAACAGCGUCUUGUCACUACCUGGUAUACUGGUCUGGAAAAUAUACAACGCUCUAGUUGGGCCCGACGAAUCAUGAUGGCCACGUUAUUCCUCUUGGCAUAUCCCUUCUUAGUGCUAGCUCACCUCCUUACGCCUGGUAAAGAUUUUGUGAAGUACCUCCGUUUCCCGUGUGUCAAAUUCAUAUGUCAGACGAUGUCUUUCCUCACCUUCCUUGUUCUUAUCAUCGUGUCUACCGCGGAAUCUUCCCGGACAGUAUCCAACAAAAUUACUCUUGGCUCCGAGUUUCCAGACAUCCACAAUACCUACGCUGAAAUCAGACUAUUCUCAAAUGCAACCAUGUACGGCAGUGAUUUUCCGUUGAGACCGCUUGCGCCGACCAUGACGCAGAUUCUUAUAUCACUUUGGGUAAUAGGAUUCGCGUGCCAGGAAUGUGCCCAAUUAUUUAAUGAUGGGAUUUGGGAGUAUAUGAAGUCGUGGUAUAAUCUGAUGGAUAUCACCUUACUUUGUGUCUACUUCGCAGCAUUUACACUACGGUAUGCAGUUAUGUUCAAGAUGUACGGGUCAAUAGACUUCUUACGCCAUACUCAUUCAGCACCAUGGACGCAGGAAGAGAUAGAUAUAGUAAACUAUCGCCUUUAUUGGUUAAAUGAAGAUCGGUUUUACUGGAUGGCCUGGGAUCCAAUCAACAUGUCCGAGGGUUUGUUUGCCAUGGCAAACAUUCUAAGUUUCUCUAGAAUUUCCUACCUUCUUCCCGCGAACGAAGUACUGGGUCCUCUCCAGAUAUCGCUCGGCAAAAUGAUAACGGACAUUCUUAAGUUCUUGGCCCUGUUCAUGUUGGUGCUUGGAGCCUUCAUGGUGGGUCUGUUCAACCUGUUCUGGUACUACAGUGUGCAUGAUGCCAUAGAAGUGACGGACCACCAGUUCACCUUCUCCGCCGAAAAACACUUCGGAGACGUGAUGGCUACAUUCCGGACAGUGUUUUGGUCAGUGUUUGGUCGAGGAGACACGGACGUCGUGACAUUAGGAGAGUACGAUAAUCAUCUGACAGAGGACAUCGGCUACAUCAUCUACGGCAUGUACAACAUCGCCAUGGUCAUCGUUCUACUUAAUAUGCUUAUCGCCAUGAUGUCCAGAUCCUUUGAAAAUAUCACACAAGACUCUGACUCGGAGUGGAAGUUCGCGAGAAGUACAUUGUAUAUGGACUACAUAGGGGGUGGACCAGCCCUACCAGUGCCACUGAACAUUCUUGCGGUACCACGUGACCUUAUCGAGUAUAUCAUCGAAUCUUGCUGUCGAAAGUCUGGGGAUGACGAUGAUGAGGAUUCUGACGAUGAUGACGACGAAAAAAAUAGAAAUCCGGAUCAAAAUGGAGGCAUGGGCAACGGUAGUCCUAUUGAGGCGACAGCCAUUGACAUCAACGAGACGAACCUCAGACCUGAAGACAUGGACAGACGGAAAAGUAUGGGCAGUGCAAUAGGGCAAGAUGGAGAGAAGAAAAAAGACUACCAGAAAGUGAUGCAGACGAUUAUACAGAGAUACAUAUUCGAGAAACAAAGGGAAGCGGAAGUGACGGAGGAUGAUUUCGAGGAAAUAAAGCAGGAUAUUUCCAGUUUCCGGUAUGAAAUAUUGAACAACCUGGAGAUUCGGGAUUCUGCACACCAGGAGAUGUCACAUCAGAUAAGCAAAAUCGGAGACCAAGUUAAGAUGAUCGCAAAGGAACUGCGAAGGUCUCGUGCUACGGAUGACGUCAUAAGUGAAAGCGAGGCUGAACAUGAACCGGAAACUGAGAAAAAGAAAUUUUCAGCAUUAGCAAAUACUGUUCGUACUACACUUUAAACAAAUAUGAAUAUGUUUCGAAGGGUAUAUGUUUUGGUGUGUGCUGAAUGGAAAUUGCAUAAUCAUUCAACGAAUAUGAUGUCACGCUUUAGGAGCGUUAAGAUAAGUAUUUGUCAUAUGCCUGUGGUGUUAUUUCGUGAAUAUAUUAAUGUCAUUUGCGUAUGAAAUAUAUAUGACACAGUGUGGCUAUAACAAAAAAAGUAAAUGACGUCAUACACAUUCAUAUUAUAAUAUUUUGGAUCGAAGCAGUCAAAAGAUAUAGAGCCAAGAUGGACGCAAUGAUAACAUUAGAAAAAAAUGUUGUGUGCAAUAUCUAUAAACACAUUUUAUCAUGUGAUUGAAAGAUCUAACCUGGGUUUUCAUUUCAUACGAGAUUUAUGAAAUUCUGCAGAAAAAAAAUCAGUUUUGUCUGUAGAGGCUCACUGACCUAGCAUAAAUCUAAGACUUUGUUUAGAUAAAACUCAUGAUGAAAUGAAACCUCAUUGAGAUCCCUUAUAUUUGUGCCACAAAGACAACGGCAUUUUUAUUAUAUGUAUUGUUUAAAUGUACUUAAGGUCACUAGACGAGAGAGCGAGAGUUAGUUCUGCGAGUAGAUUGUUUUUAUAAGAAAGACAAGUGUGACGGUUGCUACGGAUACCAUGUAAUCAUUAUAUCAGUUCCGGUUGUCAAUUUAACUUUUUUAUACAAUGUAUUGGAUAAAUGGAUUUAAGGGUAUUAUGAUAUAAUCGGUACUGUACGGAUAUUACAGCAUUGACAGCAGCAGCACAAAUGACUACAAAAUUAGUAAGUUUCAUUUUUAUUAAUGCACUAUAGGAAUGUUCCAUUUUAUUUUAACAAUUCAAACAUUUUGUAUAUAAAUAUGCAUAUUUAAUGUUAAGUUGUCUCUAACUACAAGACAGUUAUCCUGCCAAACAGUAAUAAUCCUCACACAGUAUGGUUUUUAUAAUCAUUGAUUACUUGUGAUUUAAGAUAGGUAUCGUUGAUGAUAAUCCUGGUUUCGUGUCCGAAGAAAGAGAUUUUGUAUAACAUACCGAUGUUCCUUCCGAAAUUUAGCGUAAAAGCUCUUAAUACUUUAUUGUAUCAAUCAAACUGACAGCUGUCAAUCUCGUGUUUAUAUCAAAAAAAGAUCGGCAACGGAUGUCGCAUAAUGUUUGUUUAGUCCAGUAUCUUCAAUUAUGCCCCCAUCUAAUUAAAAAACCAUGGCAGUGGCAAAAAAGGACAUUUGGUAUUAAUAUUGAAUUUCAAAAGAACCUUAGAUAUAUGUGCGUAUUCUUACCGUGUCACUAUUCAAACAAAUUCAAACGUGACAUCCAGGUUAUGAUAAAUAAAGGAGACUAAAACAGUCACCAGCAGUGUCCAUCGCCAUUGUACAAAAGACAAUCAAUAUUUCAGUUUGUUGUUGUCUGCAACCAAUCAAAUGGCUUAAAUUGUCCCAUUCGGGAAAACUAGAGGUACAGAAAAAGAAAUCUAUAUUGAGAGCGUUUAGAUUUCAAUAUGAUCCAAAUUAUCUUACAGUUACAGCGUCGGUUACCAAUGGUCCUGACGCUCACGAAACCAUGGGACGAUUUGUACAAUUAAAGUCUUUUCCCUAAAAAUAUUUCUUUGGGAAUUUUGUCCAAUCAGAAGACGCUUUUGUGUUUCGGUUUGACUAUAUACAGCAAUGGCGGCCUUCACGGAAUACCUUUCAACAGUUAAAGAACUGUUCCAACGCAUAGUUUUAAAGAAUUUCAAAAAUCAGACAUCGGCGCUAUUAUGAAAACAAAUCAAGAUAUGUCUUUAUCCGUUUAAUUCAUUGACAAUUAGUUGUUGCAGCCCCCAUGACGAGGAUCUCUAAAAUAUGCUUCACACGAACGAGUUCCGAAGUUUAAAAUGUGUUGGUAUUUGAUUGGUUCCUAUUUCUAUAGCCGAAACGAGAUUAUCUGAUUACAUCCGUGAGCGUCAACAUCGUGGGUUACCCGACAGUUUUGACAAUUAAUGCCAAAAGUGCAUGUCUGCACAAAGCUAGAUCAGCUGAGGUGAAAUAUAGUGCAUCGUGUUUAUUGAAAUGAAUUUGGCACAUAUUUACAAGGUUUAGCUUUACACAAACAGUACACGUAACAAUGCGUACAGGUGCCGUUGCAACCUUUCAAGACCGACUGGUCUCUUUGUCAAGUUCUGACUCAAAAAUAUUGGCACAUGCAUUUGUCUCAAAUUGAAAAUAAUGUUUUCAGCGAAAAACAAGUAAUGAGUUAUUUAUUGAAGAUAUUCUUAUUGGUGUAUCAUAUUGUGGACUUUUGACCUGGUUGUUAGUGGAACAGAAACUUAUGGAGGGAUCCUAAUAUGCAGUCCAGUUUGGGUGUGUGCACAAUGUGAUAUAUCAAUAGUGGUUAGCAUGCCAUACAUUUCAUUUUAAAUGAAGUCGUAUCAAUGUAUUAUCGUAUAUUUUAACAUAAUUUUCUGAACCGUGACUGUGAUCAUUUGUGUAUAUGUUAUAAUUCCUAUGCGGGUUCAUAGGGCAGUUUAUAGAUUGUUACAGCAUUCUAAUUUCUAAUUUUAGUAUAUAUAUAGUCUUGUAUAGGAUUUAUUAUUUUUGUUACUAUAUGAAAUGUAAAUUGUCAUUUUCUAAAGUGAUGAAUAAUUAGCUGUUUUGAUAUAUUUCGGAACUUACCUGACAAGCCAUCAUUACGUAGCGACGGUUUCGAACAAAAUCGACCACGGAUGUCACGUGUAUAAUCACGUGGGCUAUGACAUAUCGUUCGAUUUCAAAACAUUUCGACCACAAUUAUAAAUAUUUUUGGCAUUUGUGACAAACAGUCGUCAUAAUAUUAAAUGCCAUGUCGAUCUGUAAGUUUCGAAAUAUAUCAACCCAUGUUGUUCACAUCAUUCCUGGUAAUUUAUAGUACACUUGUAUAUUGGUGGUUUUGUUUUGUAAUCAUAGGUGAUUAUACCGGAACUGUUAAUGACUUCAUUUUCGUCAUUGUUUUUUGUACUUAUAUACUGUAUAGAGGCGAGUCACUCAAAAGUGAAGGUCAUUAUAUGAGUUUGCAUGGUCAUGUCGUUACAUAUUUAGUCAUGCUUUAUUGUGCUAUGUAUAUAUUUUUACACUUUUUGUUUUAACACCUGUAUAUUGUAUUUUGAAAAAAAAACAUGCAUUGUAUGAAUAUAAAUGUACAAUCAAAAAGUAACAUGUCGUUAGGCGUAUCUUCUGAUAUUACGUCUUCACCAAUCAAAACACCAUCCUCGAUACUCCAGGGUUUACGUUUACUUUUGCCCUCCAUCCCCCAAUACCAGGUUAGCAGCGCCACCUUGUGGAUAAAAAGUAUCCUGAAGUAUCCAUACAUACAACUAAAUGGCUUUGAACUUGGUUGUCGCUCCUCGGAAAUUUUCAAAAGAAGUACACCAGCUCAGCGAUUGGUCAAGUGUUGAUGACACCUGACCAAUCAAAUCUGUAGUUGUGUGCUUUCGAUUUUGGCCAUGUGGUUUUUGCUAAGAGCGAACGUGAACGAAUUCCCUGGAGUAUCGAGGAUGUCAAAACAUAUUUUGCCAGAAGUGCGUAUCAUUUGACUUGUCAACUAUACUACCACCACUACCAACAAUGAUAAGAUACCACUCCCGCCUGAGUAUACCUCAUGGUCCUGCGAAUUCCGAUUUUCAUUGGGCGUUAAACUAUUGAAGGCUGUUCAUUCUACAAACAAUGUUCUAUAUAAAUAUCGAUAUACGUUUUCAUUAUACCACAACCACAAACAAUGAUAAUAUACCACAAACAAUACUACAAACAAUUAUAAGAUACCACUCCCGCCGGAGUAUACCUCAUGGUCCUGCGAAUUCCGAUUCUCAUUGGGCGUUAAACUAUUGAAGGCUGUUCAUUUUACAAAAAAUGUUCUACAUAAAUAUCGAUAUAUGUUUUCAUUAAAAAGAAAGGAAAAAGAUAACAAUAUUUAUGCCGGUAUGAAAGUCAAGUGAGGUGGAUCCAUAUUUUACACGAAUCUCUAUUAUGAAACAGUUUCAUGCGACGUAAUUUCUAAGCUCAAUUGUUUUAUUGUUUUGCCUAUGCAGUUGAAAUUGAUAUGCAUGAACUCACAUUUAAGUUUUCUGGUAGUCUAUAUAAGUGCAUUAAAAACUUAACUCGUAACAAGAGUUCGUUUAAAUUCAGUCGUGUAAAAAGAAAUGUCAGAAACUAAUUCUAAUUUUUUUCCCGGAGGAAUUGUCAAUGGCAGUUAUAACAAGUACAGGAAUAAGUAAUCCCUUGUCACUGGACACAAAAUAACUCAUUACAAGUACAUUAUAUAAAACAUAAAUUAUCUGAUAUGAACAAGUUAAGGGAAAGUUUAACUAGUAUUAUAUCAUCGUUCAAAAUAAAAUUCCUAAAAGAAAACUUUAUCAAAUGUUUAAUACUUAAAGGGAAGGCUAUUUUAGAGGCGUAUUUUCAGUCCUAUGCUUACCGUAAUGUGUUCUGACAUCGUAAGGUGCUAAAACGUUGCCGUGUUUGCUUGUCCAGUGGUACUGAGAGGGAACGUGCGAGGUAAAUCCUUUGCAGAUAAAAUGAUAUUUGGUGUCUAUAUUGUCAUUUAGUGCGUACAAUUUCGCAACUGUAUUUUCAUGUUUUUACGUUUGUUUGAUAAUCAGCUGGACUUACAUAUUUUGAUACUGUUGUGAAACAACAAUACUACUAUUGUCUUGAUCGACUUUUGUGUUUUGAGUUUGUUUAGUACUGCUAACACGUGCUUGUUAUGAUUCCUGGAUAUCUUGUAUAAUAUACUUUAGGACAUCACAUGACAUAAUAAUGACUUCCCAUUGGCUACACACAUGGGCACUAUCAAAUUUGGCGCGAAAUUGAACGUGAAUCUAUUGUGACGUCAUUGAUACUGUUGUGCUGGAUGUAGACGACUAAAAUGACUGACGCUGAUUCCGUUGAAUAUUAAAGCUAGCAAAGUCAAAUGUAAGUGUGAUGAAUCAAACAAAUUAUUGCCUUUUUUGGCGGACACUAUGAUCUGAUAGUAUUGUCGUUAGAUGGCAUAGUACCGAGAGCCCUCAAUAUAAUGCAAUAUUGUUCAAAUAUCGGAAGGUACACGAUAAUAAACCGUAUUCGUUCAACUAGGGUUCACACAUAUAUACAAUAUGACGAGAUAUAUGGAUUUAAUUCUUUUUGUGAUGACAAGGAAAAUGUAUAGACAAAAAUCCUUCAAGACUAUUUUCCACAUUUUUCUAUUCUGGUAAAGCUGUAAUUGUAUAAAAAGGGGUGCAACUCUAAAAUUCAUAGAUGGUAAAGUCGAUUAUCAGAUCAAAUGUUUAUUAAUGAGUACAAAAUGUAUAUUUACUGUAAGGGAAUAUAUGGCACUCCAAAAAAAAAAAUAUAUACAAUAUCGAAACUUUUGCCAUUCUAGUAGCUCGCAAAAAUAUUUUUUUCAUUACCAAAUGUCCGGUACCAGUGUGAAUAUCUACUACAUGCAAAUAUAAUCAACUUCGAAACAAGUUAUACAAACUUAUAUCAAAUCACUCUUGUUGGCCCGGAUAGAAGCGAGCGGAAGCGAGCGAGGGGUAUCUCUGUGAAAUCUCUGAGAGGAACCCAGAAGGGGAGGGGGGACCCACGUGGUCGGGAAGGUGGCCCCAUACUGUAGUAUAUUGGCAUAGCUUAGUCUUGUCCUUAUUUGUCGAUUUAGGGAAAGUCCGUAAUCUGAUCGGUGAUUAGGUUGACGCCUGUAAUGACGAAAUGCAUGAUGGGUUAUAAAAGCACAUGUUGACGCCCGUUGAACCCCGACCGUCUAGGUUGAAGACAAGUGUUACCACCGUGCAUUAGCUUAUAUAGGUAUUAUCUUACAUAUUUUACAAAUAAUGUCGUCAAAUGUCUACAAGCAGUUAUUUCUUUGUGUAUUACAAGUCCAUUAUUCUAAAAAUAGAUUAUUUUACAUCAUCAUCGUAUUUUUUCAAUCUCGUACGUUUUUACAUAUGCUUUCAAUUUCUUUAAGAUUCUGAACUUUUUGCCUUGAAGAUGACGCAAGAAUUAUUUCCCCUAACCCUUUCGUGUGACCGUUGAGGAACCCUAUAAGUGGCUUAAUAAUCAUAAUUCAAUAUUGGUACAUGUAGCAAUUAUAUUGAUUAUCAUUCAAUUAUUGUCAUUUUACUUAUAAUGCAUUGUCUACUUUUUCUAUAUUCUUACCAGAGUUGUUAUUUUUGCGGUAUUUUAAAUUGUGUUGGUUUUGUCAGAAUUUUCACGAAAAAAAAAUGAAACAGAGAAAAACUAAAUUCUGUUAUGUUAUUUCGCUAUAUAUUUGUGGUUAUUAAAUAUAGCGCGAAAACAGACAACCAGAGAAUAUCUAUAUAAACACACAAAUUUUAUAGAAAUACUUUCAGAAGGCGUGGUUGCGCGAAAUUUAAAACCUGCGAACUAGGUCCGAUUUGGGAAAUCGCGAUUUAUUAGCCCCGCAAAAUUUAACAACUUAACAGUAAGUGUUUGAAUACCCGUUCGUGUAUCACAGCAAGAAUCAGAUUUGUUUCUGACCAUAUUCCGUCACCUUCAUCAGACGAAAGACCUGUCGGUUUGAUAACAAUCUUAUGGUGGCAUAUUUCUGUCAUCGAGUUGCCGACUUACGACUUAAAGAUGUCACUAUAUUUCCGAGAAGAUAUCAACAACCUAAAGAAAUAUGUCGACAUAAUUCGAAAAAUAUGUCGACUUAUUAGCAUAAUUGCUGAGAUAAUAACGCCGUGAUAAUUAUCUUGGAAGUCGGAAACUCGGCUUUAUAUCGUACGCUGGCAUAUUUCUGCCAUCGACUUCCUAGAUAAUUAUCACGGCAAUAUCAUCUCGGUGAGUAAACUAUUAAGUCGACAAUUUUUUCGGUAUUUUCAUACAAUCUUGUUUAUCUAACACGUCUUGGUCUUUUUGUCUAAUGGUGACAGAGCGAGUCAAAAAAACGUCACUCUUAUAAACCCAAUAUUAGCUGCGAUAUAAAGUUCAGAACCCAUAACUGAUUUUGUUAUUUUAUUCUUUUCUCGAAAAUAAUGAAAAGAUAGAAGAAACAGUCAUGUUUUUGUGAUAGUAGUACCAUACGUACAUCAGAAUACAGACCUGUCUAGGAAAUGUAACUUCUUGUCAAGACCAAUGAAUGUGUUGUCAGCCUCUUUAAACUAUUAUGUCAUCUUUUUUAUAUUCUCUAUAUAACCACCAGUGUAUGCCAAAGAAAUGAGGUUCUUAUUGCUAUUGGAAAGUGUCUAUCCAUGUAUAGUAUCGACUCUCACGGGGUCAUCUCUUUGUUUUACUUAUUCGACUUGUGGGAGCACUGGCUUGAAAACCUUCGGUUUUAUAUGAAUAUUUUCAUAUUAAUUGACCAAUCAAAAUGCUUCUUAUCAAUGAAACUUUUCGUCUUCUAGAAAAGUCAACUUAAGAUAGCAGAAUAAAUGCCUCCGUGUGGUUUGUAUAUCCGCCAUCUUAAAAAAAAAAAAAAAAAAA